CUUUUAUCUUCUGUAUUUUCAAUAAAAUCACGCGACAUUUAUAUUCUCCGCUUCAAAACACAUGCAUCUCUCUGUUAUAUGACAUAUGCUAAUUAGCUCGUGCGACACCAACAUGGCGGACGAUAACAUUUGAUAGGUGUAUGACGUCACAUGAAAACCAAGAAUACAAACCAGGAAAAAUUAUUUAUUUUUUAUUUUUUAUUUAUUUCCAGAAAUGGAUUUUUAAUGUCUUACCUUGGUUGGUGUUCUUUCCUUUUUCUACAAUAGCUGGACUGUUAGCUGAUAGAAUGAUCAAAUCAGGCUGGUCAGUGACAUUUGUUAGGAAAUUUUUUCAGACUUUCUCGAUGUGUGGAACAGCCUUCUGCAUGCUCUUGUUUGACUGGGUGGUGACAUUCCCUCAAGCAAUGGUCCUUAUUAUGAUUACUAUGGCAUGUAAUGCUAUGGGGAACUGUGGAGUCCCAGUAACACCUCAAGACAUGGCACCAAAGUUUGCUGGAUCAUUAUUUGGUUUGAUGAAUUCUGCAGGCGCAUUUUCAGGGAUUGUGCUAGUACCUAUCUCUGGUCAUGUCCUAGAGAUCACUCAGUUAUGGAGCUCAAUAUUCCACAUUAAUACUGCCAUACUGCUAUUUGGAGCUGCAGUUUUUCUUAUUUUUGGCACUGCUAAACAAAUUGCAUAAUGUGUAGUUCCAAAAAUUUUCCAUACCCCCCUCACGGAGGAAUUUUUUUAAGACACCCCCCUACCCCCCAGAAAUUCCAAUUUUCUUCCACACAAACUCUGUAAUCUUUGUUCUUUCUCUGACCCCCUACUCUUCAAAAAUUCCAAAUUUCUUUUGGGUAUGGAUGAUUUCUGGAUAUACACAAUAAACAUAAAUAAGGUCACUAGUAAGCAUUCAUGUAAUGCUACAUACCCUUCUCAGUUUAGAUUGGCUUGACAAAUGUUUUGUUGGUGCAUGUUGUUGUCACUGGCAAUGAAGCCGGCUAUUACUAAGGGCCAGUUUGAAAUAAUCAGGAGAGGAAGAAAGGAAGACACUUGUUUUUAUCGAUCUCUUCACCAUAGUCUCCCUCACAUCCGUUUUUAGUGUUUUACUCCACCUUUCCAGUCGAAAGCUAGAAAUUCUGAAAGGCGGAGUCCAGGCGACUCGGGGCCGGCCAACCUUGAGAUCCCCAGGGCAUUUGGGCGGGGGAGACUAUCUUCACCAGGGCAGGACCCAAAACUCUGUGUGAUAUAGCUAAGGGUGGGUUAGAGACCCGUUUAUGAGCAGAUCAAUAAUGGAAAUCAAGUAUUAAAUUGGAAGAUUAAGAAAAUGUAAAUUUUUUGUAAUCCAAUUGGAACAGGCUCCCCAGUCCAACCAUCUCUAGCGGACUAUAAAUCCCUAAGAUCUAUAAUAGACCCUUUUACCUUGGGCAUACCAUUCCUUUAAGAACAAGACUCUUUGUGGGAGUCGUAUCUACAUUCAUGUGUCUAGUCUACAACUAUGUGUGCAGUCGUUAAACAUAAAAUCUUAUUCUCCAGGGAAUGUCACCUGGACCUGCGCCAGCGAGCCCGUUGUGCCCGCGGACAUUUGUGCCUGUCAUGCGCGCGCGCCCGCGCCAGUGACGCCUGUUCAUUACUGUUGUUAUUGGUCGGCCAUCUUGCGACUACGUUUCAUGAUUAAAGCUUGUUCAUUCGUUUACG